GAACGAGAUUUUUGUUCAGUCAGAGUUUUCGCGACGGAGGGAGUGCGUGCGUAUCUUGUCGACUGCUUGAUUUCCUCAUCAUCGUUGGAUUGUUUUAUUAGCUUUGUAAGACAAAAGUGAACAGUUGAAAAAGUAACAAAAUGUGCAAACGAUUGUGUCGGUGAUCAUUUUGAAAUUGGUAGCGUCCUGGAAAGUUCCAAAUCAGCCUCUGGAAUUUGGCUUUGACAUCGCGUUUUUGGAAAAUGGUGACGACCCUCAUCGCGAAGUUUUAAUUGGGUUGGUCAGUUUUGAGUGGAAAACGAUAAGUGCGCGCGCGUGUGUGUGUUUGUGUACGUGCGUGAGUGAAGGUCGCCGUGUUGGUGUUUAUAACACGGAAUGUCAACCAGACCACGACAAUAACAGAGUGGAGUUUGAAGAGGAAGGAGGUGUUUCGAAAUUACUGGAGAAGGUUGAAGGAAAAAAAACCUUGCAAGGGGUGUUGUCAUCACGGUCGCAGGUGCUAAAUUAAUUGUGAAAAUGUUAGUUUAAUCAGUGCCCAACCGGAUUGUGCGUAAAGUUCAAGGAGAGCAGUGCGUGAAGGACGCUAAAAUUGGUCCAAGUUGGACGCUCAAACAAAUUGGAAAACUUUUUCCAGCUGCUCCUCAGCAUUUUUUUGGGGUUUUUUUUUCGCGAGGAACAAGUUCCUCCUCUUACAGUGUCCGUAGUGUGAGUGCGUUUCCGACGAAUAAAAAGAGGUGGCACAUAAAAAAGGCGAGCUGAUUUCAUUUUAUUUUGAUCGAUUACCUGCGUGUGGCGGAGUGUGGCCCUGGCGGAAGAAAACGCGACGAUCCUGUGCCCUACUUUGUGGAUAUAUUCAUCGUGUCGCAGUUGAUUGCUUUGCAUCGGAGAUAACGCGCCGACUUGACGAUCACGACCGGCGAUCUCCUAAGGCCGACCUGUCUGUCCGUCCGCCACGGGCACUAUCUCCAAACCUCGGGGCCACAUUUUCCCAUAUCGCGCGCGCGCCCCAGCCCGAUUCAAUUGCAACAUCAUCAAAUAUUCACAAUGUACACUGGUGGUGAGCGGGCACCAGCAACGGGUCCGCAAUCAGCAACAGCAACAACAACAAUCACGGCGACAUCACCAACGUCAGGCUGGCUCCGUUUGACGCGAUGAGGUAAUGCACGACCAACAGCAGCAGCAGCAGCAGCAGAUACUAUCCAACAGUCGGUUCCGUGGCCACAGCAGCAGCAGCAGCUCCAAAGCCUCCGAGCAGCGAAGACGCGAGCGAAAAUAGCAACAACAACAACAACAAAAAUACAAAGUUGAUACACUACCAUCACCAAUAGAGUCGUCUCGAACAAUGAGUUCAUUGGGUCGAGUUCUUCUGGCAUCCCGAAACAGCAGCGAAGAACAAGACGACACUCGACGAACAUUACCUAAAUAGAAAUAACAGUCGAUUCGAAGGACGGCAGCAACCGUAACAGCUCCAGGCAGGUGGAACACAGGCAUCACACCAGUGUAGUACAAAUCUAGUUAGACAAACCAAGUGGAAGAAAGAGGAGGAAGAAGCAAACGAAGAUGGCACCCAGUCAGAAAUCGACGAAAAAGUGGGAAAUCUUUGCUGGUAGAAACAAGUUCUACUGCGACGGUUACCUUAUGACUGCCCCCAAUUCGGGGGUGUUUUACUUUACCGUAGUGCUCAUCACCGGAACCAGCGGGCUGUUUUUCGCCUUCGACUGUCCCUUCCUGGCGGAGCGCAUCACCCCGGCCAUCCCGAUCGUCGGCGGCAUCCUGUUUGUGUUCACCAUGAGCUCUCUGUUCCGCACGUCAUUCAGCGAUCCGGGCAUCAUCCCGCGGGCCUCCCAGGACGAAGCGGCCUACAUCGAGAAGCAGAUCGAAGUGCCAAACUCGCUCAACUCGCCGACGUACCGGCCGCCGCCCCGCACCAAGGAGGUCUUCGUCAAGGGCCAAACGGUGAAGCUCAAGUACUGCUUCACGUGCAAAAUCUUCCGGCCGCCGCGGGCCUCGCACUGCAGCCUUUGUGAUAACUGUGUCGAUCGGUUCGAUCAUCACUGCCCUUGGGUGGGCAACUGCGUGGGAAAACGAAACUACCGUUUCUUUUACAUGUUUAUCGUCUCUCUCGCGUUCUUAGCAGUAUUCAUAUUUUCCUGUACAACGACACAUAUAGUUUUGUUGUUUAAAGAUGAGGAUCAGUUCUUUGACAUUGUCAAAAAGACUCCGUUCAGUGUGAUAAUAGCGGUAAUCUGUUUCUGCUCGGUGUGGUCCGUGAUCGGCCUGGCCGGCUUCCACACCUAUCUUACCACCAGUGAUCAAACAACGAAUGAAGAUAUCAAGGGUUCUUUUACCUCGAAGGGUGGCCAGCAGGCGAUCAAUCCCUACUCGCAGGGCAAUAUUUGCCUCAACUGUUUCCACAUUCUUUGUGGCCCCAUCACUCCAUCGCUAAUUGAUAGACGAGGAGUCGUGACGGACGAGUAUCGGACGCAGAUGCAACCGCCGGACAAGUACAACAGCGCGCCGGUGCCGCCGCUGGUCGUGAUGCAGCCCGGACACGAUACGCUGAACAAACCGUACAGUUUAGAGAAUGAAACACAAAGCUCGAAUGCGGGCGUGUUUCGACAACGAAGCUACGAUAACUUACAGAAUGUGCCGAUUCCGACCAAUUUCAAGUAUUUCGCUCCGCAGUCCAAGUACAAUACGUACAACAAUGCUAACAACGGCGUCGGCAUGAGUGAAAGUCAGAACCAGCUUGUUCCGCAGGUUUCGCCGGCGAUUCUCCAGGGUGGGGAGCUUCAAGCGCAACCCCAGCAAAGGUUUCUUCCCCAGCAUCACCAGCAGCAGCAGCAGCAACUCCAGCAGCAGCAAAUCAAUAUCAACAUCAAUCUGACCUUGCCCAGUCACGCCUCCAGUACCAAUAGUCUCAAUAGCUGUAACGCACCGCAAACACAAACGCUGCUGCCGUUGCAGGCACCGUCGCACGGUAACGUUCUAGCACCUUCAGCGGUUGGCGCUGCGGCCGAUUCUUCGUCGUCCUCCUCGAGCUCUACCACUACCAUCAACUCGUCGACCACUUCCGGCACGUCGUCGCUAGAGCGCAGCAACAUGAUGCUUCCGUCGGGCUCGUCUUCCUACCUGAACAGCUACGACACGAUCUCCGACCAGCAGCAGCUGCAGUACAGCAAUUCGCUGCCGCACACGUGUCCCAGCAGUCCGCGGAACCGCUGUGCCAGCCCGAGCUGCAGCGAGCUGGAUCCGAUGCUUCAGAAGAGCAAAAACUAUCACCACAAAAGCUACAAACUGUUCAAAAAGCAUCAUCACCAGCAGCAGCACGUACAGAACCCGGUGUCACCGCAGGCGUCAUCCUUUAGCCAGUUUACGCCCACGUUCUGGAGCGCGCAGAGCAAUCGGAGCAGCGUCGUCAGCACCGGAACGCUGGCCUCCUCGAUCGGGUUUGGAAGUAACCACGGUGACGAGUACGGCAGCGCAUCGUCGUCCUACCCGAACUACGGCGGAACGAUCGGUGGUAGUGGCGGUAGCGGAGGAGUUGACGGAGGAGGAACAGGCGCAGGAACCAGCAGUAACAGUCCGUAUGCACAGCGACGGGGCGCGGCCGCAGCUGUCGUCGUCGACAAGCAGCGCUUCUCUAACGUGUACGAGUACAAGUUCAACAACUUCGAUCUCAAUUCGAUACACGAGGACGCCACCAACGAAACAUAACACAUAUUGCAUUUUUAGUUUUGUAAUUUUUUAUAAGUUUUGGUCGAAAGAGAGAGAGAGAGGAAGGGCAGCGUGAUCGCUUUUGUUGGGUUAUAGCGAGAGGGAGGGUGCGCUACGCUGCUUAAAAACGAGAACCACGGACGGUAGGUUGUUGGAGUUGUUACAUUGUUUUUUAUUUCAUUUCUUAAAAAGACCUUCUGGUACAAGGAAUUUCUAUCAAAAUGUGCUUUUUAUUGUGGAUAUUUCCAUCAAAACGUAACAUUCGGUGUGUUGGCAGUUUAGUUCACGUCUGGAAGUCCUCACAGAACGACCCGGUGCCGUCGCUUAUUUCGCCUUUCGUGCGUGCAGAAAUGCACAAAAAACGUGACUUUGGAAGCGUUUUUUUGCGUAAAACAGUUGGGGGG